AUGGACCGGUGUUCAGACAGCAACAAUGACUCCCACAAGGCUUAUGACACCAUUUCUUCGAAUCCAGUCGCCCGAUCCUUCUUUGUGAAUGCCGGUGCUAGCCGCAUAAACACCGACGCAUUCAUUUUCAGCCAUAUCCAUGGAGAACAUCCAGGUGUCCCCAUUACCGUUGUUCCUGAGUGGAACAGCAAUUUGAAAGCUUACGCAGCGACCGGCAACGCCAGUAUCGAGUCGACAUCGACUGAAAAGAGACAAUGCUGGCCCGACUCACUGAAAUGGACCUUGUUCGUACCACCACUUAAACGGCUCGAUGGUGGCAGUGGUGUGGUGGCGGAAGAGGCCUUCUUCGAAUCUUACUUGUACAAAUGGCAGAACAUGACUUUUCUAGUCUACCUUGUCGACGGCCGUGACGGCACGGAGGCCUGGGUUCAAACUCGCAACCAGUAUAUCCUGGGCGACAAGGCUGCCGUCGAGACACUGAUCGCGACAGUCGGUCGUUGGCAAGCAUCACUGCACGGCGAAGUCUGGGUGUUCGAAGGGUACUGGUACAAAGAUUCCCAGCUGUACGAAAGCGUCCUGAAAUCACGCUGGGAGGACGUUAUCCUCGAUGAAGGCAUGAAGAAAGACCUCGUCGAGCUCGUCGACCGAUUCUUCAGUUCUCGGGAACAAUACCACCGUCUUCGCGUGCCGUGGAAACGAGGUGUGAUCUUUUACGGCCCUCCUGGUAAUGGGAAGACGCUCUCGAUCAAAGCGACCAUGCGGACUUUGUACAAACGCACCCCGUCCAUACCGACCCUUUACGUGAAACUGCUCCUGAAUCAGUAUAGCAUCGAGAGCGUGUUUACCCUGGCACGACGGGAGGCACCGUGUUACUUGGUGUUUGAGGAUCUGGAUAGUCUCGUCACCGACGAACUGCGCAGUUUCUUCCUCAACGCCGUGGAUGGAGUGUCCGAGAACGAAGGAGUCUUCAUGAUAGGAAGCACCAACCAUAUUGACCUUCUUGACCCAAGUAUUUCGAAGCGACCAUCUCGAUUCGAUCGGAAGUUCUUGUUCCCCAACCCAAGUUUCGACGAGAGGGUACAGUAUUGCCAGUACUGGCAGAAGAAGCUGAGUGAUAACAAGGACGUGGAGUUCCCGGAUGAGAUAUGCCCGGCUGCGGCGAAGAUCACGGAUGGUUUCUCUUUCGCGUACCUGCAAGAGGCCUUUGUGACCGCGUUACUGUCUAUCGCGAGAGACGGCGACGGUAACGAGCAAGGGGAGGCUAGUACUGAGGCAGAGAAACUGCAGGAAACUUGGGACGUGAUCGACCUGAUUGAUGCCGUUGCCAUCAACACGACCAAGGAGAAGGGGUUAGACGACUACGUCCUCUGGCGUAGCUUGAAACACCAGAUUGAGCUGCUGAGGAGGGAGAUCGAUGAUGAGGCGGGCGAUUAA